AUGAUCCAUGGCACUUCCUACAGGGACCACCACAUCACAGCAGCACACCACAAAGGAUACCCCCUCACCAACUACACAUUCGGUACCAAGGAGCCACUGUAUGAGAAGGACAGCUCGGUGGCAGCCCGGUUCCAGCGGAUGCGGGAAGAGUUUGAUAAGAUGGGGAUGCGGAGGACAGUGGAGGGUGUCCUCAUUGUCCAUGAACACAGACUGCCUCAUGUUUUACUCCUGCAGCUGGGCACAACUUUCUUUAAACUGCCUGGUGGAGAGUUGAACCCUGGGGAAGAUGAGGUGGAGGGUCUGAAGCGCCUGAUGACCGAGAUCCUUGGACGGCAGGAUGGUGUGAAGCAGGACUGGGUGAUCGAUGAUUGUAUUGGUAACUGGUGGCGUCCCAACUUUGAGCCUCCACAGUAUCCCUAUAUUCCAGCUCACAUCACUAAACCUAAAGAGCAUAAGAAGCUGUUCCUGGUCCAGUUGCAGGAAAAAGCACUGUUUGCUGUGCCCAAAAACUAUAAACUGGUGGCUGCACCGUUGUUUGAACUGUAUGACAACGCUCCUGGAUAUGGACCGAUCAUUUCCAGUCUACCACAGCUGCUGAGCAGGUUUAACUUCAUCUACAACUAACUCAAAUGAUCAGAAGUACAAGCGGCCGUCUCUGUGAGUGCGUCCCGCAGUGUGGAGAAAAGACUUCACCUCAGCACCAUCUUUCACAAAACAAAUGCUUGUCAUGUCAGGUAUAUCUGCAGACCGCAGGGGUGUUUAUACUGUUUAAGAAGACUAUGAAAAUGUCGUCUUCUUUUUUUUUCUUUUUUUUUUUAACCUUAAGAGUUGUUGUAGUCUGCAGGUCUGUAUUCCAGUGCGUUAAAAAUCGGAUUUUAUGUCCUCUCGAAGGAGGCCAGUGUUUGAUUAAACAAGCUGAAACAUUGAGUUUCCUGUUGUUUUAACCUGUAACAAUGCUGUGUUUUCUUUUUAUUUUCUUUUAAUAAAGCAGUCUUUUGAGUACGUUUUUUAUAAAGUGCAAAGAGCAGCCGUGUCUGACUGACUUGUUUUUG